UUUUCGUUGACAGGGGAUGGCUUUUGCGGUUUCCUUAUUGGUCCAGGCGGAAUUCCAAGGCUUGCGUAGGUCCUGCUCUCAGAGGAAGAGCAGCAGAGAGGGAGCAUGGAGUCUCCUCGGGGGAAGGAGGUAGAGGAAGGGAGGCGGAGGAAGGGGCAUAAAGACUACAUUUUGGAGCCACUCUCUCUGCCAGAAAACCCAGGUGGCAUUUCUACUGUAGAAGGAUCUCCAUCUGUGCCUUGUCUAUGCUGUGAAGAAUAUUCACCCAUAUCAGAACAAAACCAGCUUCUAAAGCACAUGAUUAUAGAGCACAAACUUGUCAUAGCAGACGUCAAGCUGGUUGCAGAUUUCAGGAGAUAUGCACUGUACUGGAAGGAAAAAUUUGCAGAGCAACCAGUUACAGACUUCUGUUGUGUGAUAAGAACAAAUUCUGAAGCGCUUCCAGAGGUCCAGGACAAUUAUUUUCUUUUAUGUGAUGCUUUACCUGAAGACAGAGCACUAAGGGAGAAGCUCCAGCAGCAGAGACUGAGAGAGAUUCUGGAACAACAACAGCAUGAAAGAUAUGAUGCAAACUUUCAUGGUACAUGUAUGUUCUGUGACAAAGAAUUUACUGGUAACAGGUCACUCCUCCUUAAUCAUAUGGCAAAUGAUCAUGCAUUCAAUAUUGGACUGCCAGACAACAUUGUAAACUGUAAGGAGUUUUUGGAUCUUAUACAGAAGAAACUUGACAGUUUGCAGUGCUUAUACUGUGAAAAAAUAUUUCGAGAUAAGAAUACACUCAAGGAUCACAUGAGAAAGAAGCAGCAUCGCAGAAUCAAUGCCAAAAAUAGAGAAUAUGACAGAUUUUAUAUUAUUAAUUAUCUGGAAUUUGGAAAGUCCUGGGAAGAAGUUCAGUCAGAAGAUGACCUGUGAAUUGCUGUCCAACCAGGAGAAGACUGGUCUGACUGGGAUCAUCCUGUUUGUGCCGUUUGCCUUUGUGAGAAGCAGACAGACACCAGACAAAGCUGUGUUCACAUGGAGGAGACUCAUGGAUUUGACCUGCGAAAAAUUAAGUCUGAGCAUGGUUUGAAUUUCUAUCAACAAGUGAAAGUAGUGAACUUCAUUAGGAGAGAGGUCCACCAGUGUCACUGUUACAUUUGUCAGGAAAAAUUCCCAUCAAAAAAGGACUUAGUGAAUCAUAUGGAAGAGACCAAACACAUAACAUCUUUGCCUGCCCGAUGUACGUGGGACCAGCCACAGUAUUAUUUUCCUACCUAUGAAAAUGAUACUCUUCUCUGUACACUUUUGGAUAGUGAGGAUGAACUGUCAUCGGGAAAGCCAAGAGAGGAUGUACCUGUCAUUAGUGAGGACAUUUCUAACAUAGAGGCUUUGAAACAGAGCAGUGUAUUAAAUCAGCUUCUCUGUGAAGAGAUGAAUAAUGAAGGACCUUGAUGUUGAAUGUAUUUUCUUUUCUUAAUAUGAAGACAAUUACCUUGCAGCAGUAUAAAAAUUGAUUUGGUAAUUUAUCAGUGUAAUUUGAGUCCAUGACUGUAAUAGACCAAUUCUUUGUGAGAAGAACUCAAAUAAAAAUCAGCAUUUUACG